AUGAAACGGAGACAAAAGAGGAAACACCUGGAAAAUGAAGAGUCCCAGACAGCUGAUGAGAAGGGAGGAGGAAUUUCAAAGACACAGGAGGGUGCCCCGUUGCCUGGAUCCAUUGGAGUAGCCAAAGUCCGGAGCCCAGGGGCAGGGGAGGUCUCCUCUGCCUCUGAAUACUUCUCCUGUGUUUCCUCUCCAGGAAAGCUCAUCCAUGGAGGAACCCGGAAGGCAAAACAAGACAGUGCCCAGCCUAGAUCACCCGCAGCCCAGGUUCAGGAGGGAGGAGAGAUCCCUGCCCCCUCUCAACUCGUGUCCUUCUCAUCCCAUUCAUCAUAUAAGACCUGUGUGUCCAAUCUGUCUAUAAACAAAGAGAAAAAGGGGAUGAAAGUAUACUACAUGCAGGUGCAAAUGAAAAAAGGUGUGGCUGUCUCCUGGGAGACACAGGAAACCUCAGAGACCGUAGAAAAGCAGCCGAGGAUAGAAGAAACCACCCUUCCUGAGGGUGUGCGGGUAGGGACUCCCCCCUCUGAUGUGUCUACCAGAAACCUCCUGUCUGACAGCGAGCCCAGUGGGGACGAGAAAGAACAUGAAGAAAAGGCAGAGGCAGAUAGUCCGCCAGCAACACCUACUGUAGAGGAGAGACCCAGGGCCAAGACACCUGACUGGCUGGUGACCAUGGAGAAAGGCUUCAGGUGCAUGGCCUGCUGCCGGGUCUUUGCCACCAUGGAUAUUCUGCAGGAGCACGUGCAAUAUGGGAUCAGAGAGGGCUUCAGCUGCCAUGUCUUCCAUCUUACCAUGACUCACCUGAUAGAAAAUGAGGAUUCAGAAGAUCCCCAAGAGGAGGAAGAGGAUGGGAAGGAAGAACAGAAGCAAGAAGAAAAGGAGAGUGAGGAGCAGUCACCCACAGGGGAAGACACUGGCCUGAAGAGAUCCUGGAGCCAGUGUCCAGGCUGUGUGUUUCACUCUCAGAAGGACAGGAAGGAGAAGAAAGGACAUAGAGACAGCAGCAGACAGAAUGCCAGUAGUAUAAAGGAAAGGAUGGACCAAUUUCAGCAGGGAAGAGGGGUCAUGAUCCACACAGAUCCUGAGGAGGAGCCCACUGUUUCUGUCUAUGUGGUGGCAAUGGUUUCUAUGGCUGUCCUCUUCUUUAUACCUCCUGGUGUCAUGGGAACACUGACUGAACGGCUGGAGCUGCAGGCCAGGCAGCUGACUGCCUCCACCAUGGCAGCAGAGCGGGGAGCAGACUCCACACGCUUGGGAGCCGGGCAUGGAAGACAGCACAGGGCUUUGUCUUGGAGAAAUUGUUAUGGGUUCACCGAGGCCCACCUCUUAAUAAUGUCAUCAUCUUAUGAACCUAUCAAGCGAUUGAUUCAUCAACUGG